AUGCCUCUUACUGGACACUGCCUGUGCCAGGCGGUCACCUAUGAAUCCACCAUGGAUGCGCCCUUGGUCACUGCUUACGAUCACUGCGACGACUGCCAGCGCCAGAGCGGAUCUACUUACUCUUUGGUCGCUGUGGUUCUCAAAGACACUUUGACCAUCAAAGGCCCCACCAAGAGCUGGGCAGGCGUUGGUAGCUCCGGCAAGGCCGUACACCGAAUUUUCUGCGGCGAGUGUGGCUCUCCUAUCGCCCACGACCCCGAAGCUGCUCCUCCGAUCAUUGCCUUGAAGGCUGGUACUCUGGACACAGAAAUCAAGAAGACACUCAAGCCGGAUACCGAGAUCUGGACUGUUAGCAAGCUUCCCUUUUGCCAGGAGCACCUUGAGAAACCCUUCGAGCACAUGCCAUCCCAAUAA